GCGGAGGAGAGCACGCGGGAGGCCGGUCCGGAGGGGCAGACCCAUGUUCGACUGCUGGAGAUCCGUCCUGUGCAAGAGGGCCGGACGCGAGAGCCCUUCCCCCCUGAGACGACCCAAUGAGGCUGAGAAGGAAGAAGGUGACCACCGGAUCGAUGUCCCUGACGUCGUCGGGCUCGUUCAAGACCGACCAGGGGGCUCAGACACGCCCACAGAUGAAAUCAUGCACCAGGACGUCACCCCGCUCUGUGCUGCCGACAUCCAGGACCAGCUGAAGAAGCGCUUUGCGUAUCUGUCUGGCGGCCGCGGGCAGGACGGCAGCCCGGUCAUCACCUUCCCGGACUACCCGGCAUUCAGCGACGUCCCCGACACGGAGUUCCAGAGUGUCAUGACCUACCUCACCAGCAUCCCCAGCUUACAGGAUGCUGGCAUCGGGUUCAUCCUGGUCAUAGACAGAAGACAGGACAAAUGGACGUCGGUGAAGGCGUCGGUCCUGCGAAUAGCAGCGUCCUUCCCGGCCAGCCUCCAGCUCGUCCUUGUCCUGCGCCCGACGGGGUUCUUCCAAAGGGCUCUCUCCGACCUCGCUUUCAGAUUCAACAGAGAAGACUUUAAGAUGAAGGUGCCGGUCAUAAUGCUGAGCUCAGUCCCAGAGUUACACGGUUACAUCGACAAGUCCCAGCUGACUGAGGACCUGGGCGGGACCCUGGAUUACUGCCACACGAGGUGGCUGUGUCACCGCACAGCGAUUGAAAGUUUCGCCCUCAUGGUCAAGCAGACGGCUCAGAUGCUGCAGUCCUUCGGGACCGAGCUGGCCGAGACGGAGCUGCCCAAUGACGUCCAGUCAACGAGCUCGGUGCUCUGCGCGCACACGGAGAAGAAGGACAAGGCGAAGGAGGACAUGCGGUCGGCCCUGGACAAAGGACAGAGCCUCCUGGAAAACAUCAGGGAGCCUCUGGCCAAGAGCGGGGAGCACGGCCUGAACCAGGGCCAGCUGGACAAUCAGACCACAGUGCAGAGGCUGCUGGCCCAGCUGAACGAGACCGAGGCUGCCUUAGACGAGUUCUGGGCCAGGCAUCAGCAAAGGCUCCAGCAGUGUUUGCAGCUCCGGCACUUCGAGCAGGACUUCCGAGAGGUCAAAGCCUCCUUAGACGCGCUGGCCCAGAAGAUAGCGACCUUCACCGACGUGGGCAACAGCCUGGCCCACGCAGGGCACCUCCUGAAGGACCUCGCCAGCUUCGAGGAGAAGUCCAGCGCGUCUGUGGAGCGGGCGCGCGCACUGGCGCUGGAGGGCGAGCAGCUCAUCGGCAGCAAGCACUACGCCGUGGACUCCAUCCGCCCCAAGUGCCGUGAGCUGCAGCACUUGUGCGACCGGUUCGCCGCGGAGGUCGGGAGGAGGAGGGGGCUCCUCGGCAAGUCCCUGGAGCUGCACAGCCUCCUGGAGGCGUCCCUGAAGUGGUGUGAUGAGGGGAUCUACCUGCUGGCCUCUCAGCCUGUGGACAAGUGCCAGUCCCAGGAAGGCGCUGAGGCGGCCCUCCAGGAAAUCGAGAAGUUUCUGGAGACGGGCGCAGAAAACAAGAUCCAGGAGCUCGACAAAAUCUACCAGGACUACGAAUCCAUCCUCACCACAGACCUGAUGGAGCACGUGCAGAAGGUCUUCCAGAAGCAGGAGGGCAUGGAGGAGAUGUUCCACCGGAGACAGGCCAGCCUGAAGAAGCUGGCGGCCAAGCAGAUGCGGCCCGUGCAGCCGGUGGCCCCCCGGCCAGAGGCGCUCUCCAAGUCGCCCUGCCCCUCCCCAGGCAGCCGGAGAGGCUCUGAGAACAGUUCCGAGGGCAGCGUGCUCCGGAGAGGGCCCUACAGGAGGGCCAAGAGUGAAAUGAGCGAGAGCAGGCAGGGCCGGGGCAGCUCCGCGGGGGACGAGGAGGAGAGCCUGGCCAUCUUGCGGAGGCAUGUGAUGAACGAGCUCUUAGACACGGAACGGGUGUAUGUGGAAGAGCUGCUUUGUGUCCUGGAGGGCUAUGCGGCAGAGCUGGACAACCCGCUCAUGGCGCACCUCGUCUCGCCCGGCCUCCAAAUGAAGAAGGACAUUUUGUUCGGAAACAUGGAAGAGAUUUACCACUUCCACAACAGAAUAUUCCUGAGGGAGCUGGAAAACUACACUGACUGCCCAGAGCUGGUUGGAAGGUGUUUUCUGGAACGGAUGGAGGAGUUCCAGAUCUACGAGAAGUACUGCCAGAACAAGCCUCGCUCUGAGAGCCUGUGGAGACAGUGCUCCGACUGCCCAUUCUUCCAGGAAUGCCAGAGGAAGCUGGACCACAAGCUCAGUCUCGACUCCUACCUGCUGAAGCCGGUACAGAGAAUCACCAAGUACCAGCUGCUGCUCAAGGAGAUGCUGAAAUACAGCAAGAGCUGCGAGGGGGCCGAGGACCUACAGGAGGCGCUGAGCUCCAUCCUGGGCAUCCUCAAGGCCGUGAACGACUCCAUGCACCUGAUCGCCAUCACGGGCUAUGACGGGAACCUCAGCGACCUGGGGAGGCUGCUGAUGCAGGGCUCCUUCAGCGUCUGGACUGACCACAAGAAGGGCCACGCCAAGGUGAAGGACCUGGCCCGGUUCAAGCCCAUGCAGCGGCACCUCUUCCUGCACGAGAAGGCCGUGCUCUUCUGCAAGAAGAGGGAAGAGAACGGGGAGGGGUACGAGAAGGCCCCAUCGUACAGCUACAAGCAGUCCCUGAACAUGGCGGCUGUGGGCAUAACCGAGAACGUGAAGGGCGAUGGAAGGAAGUUUGAGAUCUGGUACAACGCCCGGGAGGAGGUAUACAUCGUACAGGCGCCGACCCCGGAAGUUAAAGCGGCGUGGGUGAGCGAGAUCCGCAAGGUGCUGACCGGCCAGCUGCAGGCCUGCAGAGAAGCCAGCCAGCACCGAGCCCUGGAGCAGUCCCACAGUCUGCCUCUGCCCGCGCAGCCCAGCACCAGUCCCUCGAAAGGGAACACAAGAAACAUCAAAAAGCUAGAAGAAAGGAAAACUGACCCCUUGAGCCUGGAAGGACGCAUGAGCUCCGCGCAGCUGCCCAAGCCGCCCGAAGAGGGCAAAGAUGACACGGUCACUAGCUCUACCUCAGAGAGCUCUGCACUUUCCAAAAAGCGCUUUACUCUGCAGGGCUUUGCUACCCUCAAAGGUCAGAAAGCUUCUCCCACCAGUCCUGACAAAAAAGCUAAGCGACACGAAGUAAAGAGCGAUCCAACGCCUUUUGGUUUACGAGGUUGGAGCAAAACAUCUCACCCCUCGGAGGCCCCUGAGGACGACGGCUGGUCAAGUGCCGAGGAGCUGAUCAAUUCCUCGGACGCGGAGGAGGAGGGCAGAGUGGGGCCCAGGAAGCUGGCUCCAGGGAAGUACACGGUUGUGCUGGGUGAGGAGAAGGAGAGCCCCGAGGCGCUUGCCGUGAGAAGCGGGGACGUGGUGGAGGUGGUCCAGGAGGGGGACGAGGGCCUCUGGUACGUCAGGAACCUGACCUCCAGCAAGGAGAGCUGGGUGCCGGCCAGCAGCCUGUGGGCGCUCCUCGGCUCGGCGGGCUCGGCCCGGUGCCUGAGCAGCUCAGAGUCCAGCGCAGGGUCCGCGCUGCUGAGCGCCUCGUCCAGCUGCAGCGAGAGCUGCGGGGCCCCCCUCCCGGACCUGCAGGGGUAGCGCCGGGCCGCGCCGCGGACCUCAGUGCGCUCUGCUUGGGCUCAGGGUGCUGAGGGGCGAGGCGCGCCGAGGCCCCGGCGAGACCCGGCGAGGGGCCGCCCGCCGCCCACGCGACUUCGCGGUGCGGACACCGGGGCGCGGAGGAAACGUUCCGGAAGAUUCUGUCCUCCGGCCUUCACGGCAGGACCCCCCCCCCCCCCCCCCCCCCCCCCCGACGAAGGCGGCCCGGAGACCCAGCGCGGACGGAGGGCAGCGGCCACCGCACGUGGGGGGCAGCUUCCCGAAGAAGCGGCGACCCGCCGACCCAGCCGCUUCGUGGGGGAGUUUGGAUUUUUACAAGUUUUUUUUUUUUUAAAGCAGGGAUUGAUUCCAUGGCCAUUUUUUGUGGUACUUUGGCCUCUAAUCUUUACCAAGAAUCACUGUGUUUACAUGAAGUGACAAUUUGCUACUGUAUUUGAUAGAAGGCUAUUUUCUGUUACUGGGGUGUACACUGCAGCGGCCGCUGGUACUGCGGGGCCCGGCGGGUGGACGCGCCCCUCCCCGGGCCCCGCCGCAGGAGGACCCGAGGGCAGCCCUGCACCCGCGCAGGGGAGUUUUCAAAAGAAAAUGUAAACUAGGAUUUAAAAUAUUUCGCCUCUUUUCUACAAGAAUGGGGAACUUCAUUUUUUAAGCCAGCCUCACUGAAUUAGGAUUUUUUAUUGUUUUGAAAGACGAUAAGGACGCAGCGUGCGCGGCGCACCCCCUGAGGCGACGCCCACACGGGGCUCCGCGCCGCCCCGCCCUCCGGAAAGCCCCCCGAACUCACAGACGUGCGGGGUGCGGGCCCCGCCGCCGAGACGAGGCGGAACUGGAGGGAAAACUUCCGGUUUCCCUGCUGGUGUCUCAGAAACGGAUUCUGUUUCCGGAAACGCUUCGUGUCCCUGGGGGGGCGGGUCCCCUACGUGCGUGUGUGCGCGUGGGGGUCGCGCCGGGGACGCUCGGGGCCCCCGCGGUGCUGCGAAGCGUCCGGUUACAGCGUCCCUGGGCCCCGGGCCCGCGCGCCCCCCGCGCCCCCCGCCCGCGCCCCCCGCCCGCGCCCCCCGCGCGGCCACGCCCCUCCCGUCGUGAGCGCUUCCCAGAAAAGCACUUUAAAACCUCGUGUUUUAGUCAUUGGGUUUUGUUUGGUUUCGGGUCUUUUUUUUAUUGCCGAUGUAAAUGAAAUUUAAAAAACCAGAGUUCUUUAUCGUAUGGAUGGAAUUUGAAUAAACAUCAGCCCCUCUUGCUGUCCGCCUCCCCCUGUGAAAGCCCCGAAUUCUCAGCCCCGGAGCCCCGUUCCCGGGAGGCAGGUGGUGGGCGGGACCGACUGUGUCCCCCACGCUCCCCUUUGUCAGAAAACGAUGGAAAUAAAGUAACAAGCGCAUUGUGUCAA